AUACCGCCUCCGUCCUGCAGGUGUCGCUGUUCACGCACUUUAUAAUGUAAACAACACUGAGGCAGGCGGCGGCUAAAACUGACAGCAGCUAAACUAACCUCUGCGUGGAGAGAAACGUUUCAUUUAAACAGCAUUUAAAGAGCAUUUCACCGCCGUGUUAUUUCGAUAAGCUCAGCUGUUCGCUGUCAGAGUUGUUUAUUAUUAAAAAAGGUUUAUUUAUUAUCGGUUUGAAGCUCAACGGCUAAGUUAGCUUAGCUCCCCGAACAUGAACUCCUUGGUCGGGUACGGAGUGUCGUCGGAGUCCGACAGUGAUGGAGAGGUGGAGGAUGGGCCCGCUCAGGAGCUGCCUGAUGCGGCUUCAGCUGCCACACGGAGCCGCUACUUCUUGCUGGAGCCUGAUUCAGCCUCCAGUGACUCAGAGGAAGAGGAGCAAGAGUCCUCCUCUCCAUCAACACCUGCCUCUUCUAAUCCACCUCCUUCUUCUUCUUCCCUCACCUCCAACAAACUCCCUCCUCCUUCCCUGAACACCUGCUCUGACAGCGGCGUGUUCGCCAACCCGUUCCGGGCUCAGGCGGAGCAGAAGCUGAGCGCCCUGCAGAAACACGUCCCCCUCACCAUGCAGGCCAAACCCUCCCAGAUAGGAGGCAAGAGGAUGUGCGUGUCCUACAGGAAGGACGGCAGGUGCAGGUUCGGGAUCAAGUGCAAGUUUGCACAUGACAGUGACCUGCAGACGCCGGUCACCCCUGCUGACUGUCACCAGGCUGUGAGUGAAGGAGAAGAGGGGUCAGAUCCUGCUGAAGCUGCUGGAGGUGGAGGAGGUGGUGGAGGAGGAUCCCAGAAGCUCCAGCAGGAGCUGAAAGAGGAUGAGUCAGGAGGGCAGGAGGUGAAGAAGAGGAGGGUCGGACUGAGCAACACUUUAAUUCCUCCUAAGCGGGCGAUGAAGCAGUACAACAUGCACAGGGACAGAGAGCGGCUCAACAUGUCCUGAUGUUUGAGGAGCUCUUACACCGUCGUUAAGCAAUAAUUAUGUUAUAGGAUCAAUUAAUAACUCAGGCAGAUGUUUAACCUAUAGCUGAAGAGAAGAAGUGUGUGUGUGUGUGUGAGUGAAUACACUUUGGAGAAAUGUUAAGACAUUUAUUUACAUCUUUUAUAAAUGAACAUUUGUUUUUUUGUGUGUGUGUGUGUGUCACAUCCUAAAUGACAAAUCAGAGAAGUGCAGGUUUAUUAUUGACAUAUGUUCCAAGGGUUUCUACAUAGCUUCGCUUAUUAAAUUACAUUACACUUCAAAAAAAAAA